AUGAUGGUUUUCGAGAUUUUGGAAGUUUUGUAGAAACCAUUAUCCCGAUCAAAAAAAAACAGCCAGAGAAAAAGUAGGAUUUUUCAGGAAUUUAUUUGUUACUUGGAUUUAUCCAUCUUUGUAAGAAUAAAUGAUUUAUUAGAAAAUUAGCUUAAAAAUAGAAUAUGUAUAUUUUUAAAUAAUGAUAAAUAAAAAUUAAUAUAAAAUGAACUUAAAAUUUAAAUUAGAGAGACAAUAUAUUAAAGUACUGUCUAUAUGUUGAUUCCUUUGUUUAUUUAUUUUUUUUUAAGCUGGUGGAUUUAAUAGUUAUAUGUAUAAGCAAGUAGAGAAUUACAAAGAUUGGAAUCAAUAUCUAAAAGUCCAAUUUUAAGUUUAUUUGGAGAAUGUAUAAAUGGGUAGAGUUAUAUGAAAGUAUUUAAAAAGGAGAGUAAAUUUAUAGAGAAACUUAGUGAUAAUAUGGAUGUAAAUCGUAAAGUAUUUUUGGAAAUGAUAGAAUUUCAGGUUUGGUUUAUGUUGAUAUUGGGAUUAGUAAAGUUAUUUGUAAAUGCACAAUGGCCUUAGUAUAUUGUGUAUUUUAUUCUUUUUCUCUUCCUUCUUUGGCAGGAUUAUUAUUCAUAUAUGCAACAUAAAUAGAUGGAAAUGUUUCAGAAUGUGUUUAAGCAUUUAGUUAAUUAUAAUUGGGAUUGGUAUCAUUUGAAAGAUGUUUGGUAUUUAGAAAGAUUAAACCAACAGCAGCAGGUUUUAAAUAAUCAUUUAUAAGAAUCUCAUUUUGAAAAUUAUUUAGAUCAUUGGCCAAAAUAAGGUCGAAUAGAUUAUAUAAAUUAUUCAGUAAGAUAUAGAGAAGGAUUGAAACCUGCAUUAAAAAAUUUAAAUUUUACAAUAGAUCCUUAAGAUAAGAUUGGAGUGAUAGGAAGAACUGUAGCUGGAAAGUCAACUGUAACAUUGACACUUUUAAGAAUUUUAGAAGCUUUAGAUGGAAAGAUAGUAAUAGAUAAUGUAGAUAUAUCAACUAUAUCUUUGAAAUAAUUAAGAGAACAUAUAACAAUGAUUAUGAAGGGGGACUUUGAGAGAAAACAUUUAUCCUUUAAAUUAAAGAACAGAUGAA